CUUCGGCCUCGAGUGCUGGGAAGCGGUGUUGCCUGCUUCGAGCAAGCAGCUACCGCGUCCGCGCGCGCGCGCGCCCGCGCCCUCCUUUGAAUGUAAAUUGUAGGGGGCCGUCUCCCACCACUGCGUGCGUCUCUGGGAACCAGAACCUUGAAUCAGGACCGCACAGGGGAAUUCGGGACCGUUUUAGUUUUCCUUCAACAUUUUUUCCUCAGAGACCAUGGAAGAAGCCUCCCUCCCCGAAGCGUCCAGUCUCCCCCACCACGAGCAAAAUGACGCUAGGUAACCCAGAGAUCUGUGGGAUCCGAAGUUGCGCCAUUAACGGGGCUUUCCCGUGAGUUCGUGGACAGUAGACUCGAAAUUAUUUUUUCUGGACACUUGGGUAUCAGUAUAUUCAGCUUAAAACAUGUGACUUUGUUGCCAAUUCAUUCUUACCUGCUUUUGAAGGACUAACAUGCUACUAUUUGGAUGUCCAUAUUUCUUUUAAAUCACAAGUGAAAAUAUAUUUUAAAAAUCAGGAUACAUUAGUUAAUUAUGUUGGUUACUGAUUAGCAUUUCUGUUUGAUUAGAAAGUUUUGGAAGAAACUUUAAACAGCUUCUUCAGCCUCUAAUUUUACAGUAAAAAAUAAAGCUCUACUACUCGAACUCGGUCUGGAUUAGAACUCCUGCAUCAUCGUCAAUCUUUCCCAACCUGACGCUGUCUCAUUUAUUUCUCUGAAGACAGAAGCUUUCGUUACAGAUAAGAGUCUGGGAGCACAGUGAUAUGCAACCUGGCUCUAAGGAAGGAAGACUUUCAAGCAUUUUAGGAUUGGACCAGAAGAAAGACUGUGUUCCAUCCAUGAAACCCCACAGGCCCUGGGCAGACACCUGCAGCUCCUCAGAGAAAGAUAUUAACUUGUGUCUACCAGUCCCGAGCCUCCCUAAUGGGAUCUUACUCCCUUGUACCAUGGAUUACCCAGUGCCAGAAGAAAGAGUUUUGAAAUACGAAAAUUACUUUACGGCCUCAGAAAGACUGUCUUUGAAAAGAGAGUUGAGUUGGUAUAGAGGCAGAAGACCAAGAACUGCUUUUACUCAAAACCAGAUUGAAGUGUUGGAAAAUGUCUUUAGAGUAAACUGCUAUCCUGGCAUUGAUAUCAGAGAAGACUUAGCUCAAAAAUUGAAUCUAGAAGAAGACAGAAUACAGAUCUGGUUCCAAAAUCGACGUGCAAAACUGAGGAGGUCCCACAGAGAAUCACAGUUUCUAAUGGCAAAAAAAAAUUUCAACACAAAUCUCUUGGAAUAGAUAAAAAACUAAACAUGUGAAAUUAUCUUCCAGUUGCAGAAUAUGAAGAAUCAAUGGAAAUAUCAAGUUUUAAAAGUGUGAUGUUUUGUUUUCUGCAUUUAAUCUGAACAUUGUCAUUUUUCUGAAAAUAUAAUGUAAAUAAUUACUAUUAUACCGUGGUACCUAUUAUACUUGGGCACUUUUCAAUACAAAAGGCCUUUUCUAUGUAUUUUAAUAAACAUUUUCAGAAAAAGCCAGCUAUUUUUUAAGUGAGCAAAUUUAACCUAAUAAAUUAGCUUGCUAAAAUCAGUAAGCUCAUGAUUAAGUGGCUCCACAAACUGGAUUAUGUUUACAAACUACUUCAAGUAAAGUAAUCUGAAGAAUGGCACAGAGGUGUGAUUUGUUUCAGUUAGUUUCCUUCAAAUGCAUUUUGAAACAUGAUUAUGCUUUAAUAUAUUAUAGAUUAUUUAUUCAUAAAUCUUUAGUUCCUCUUGACUUCUGGCAUAAAGCAGUGAGAAUUUUUCACCAUAUAUCAAUACAAAUCCUUAUAGAAUGCCAGUUUAAGCUUUUUUUUAAAGCAAAGUUAUUAUACCAAAGUAGAAAUAUAAAACUAUCGGUCGUUGUAUUCAUACCACUGGUACUACAUUGUACAAAAGAAUUGAGCAAUGUAACUGCAAAUUUAAAAUAUUUUUCUAGGUUAUUUAAUGCUAUACUUUAAUUUCACUCAUUAAAGUGACAAUGAUCAUUUGGCUUAUAUCUAUUUCUAGUGUAAUGACUUCCAAUUAACUAUAUAUUUUGUUACAAGUAAUAUUCUGACUGAGAAGACGAGACAACUGAGCUGCCUUGUGUAUGUGCCCUAACGUAGUUGCUGGAUAUAAUCAAGGCACUUUCUGGGGAAAAAACUAUGUAUUUUCUUUGCAUUUCCCAUUGUACCUAUCAAUUAAAGACACAAAUAGGAUUAAGUAGCAUCACAAGAAAGGAGUCCUACCACUGGAAAUCUGGGUAUUUGUUUUCUAGUUAAUUAAUGGAAGGCCAAAGUGGGUGUUCUUGUCUAAAUGUUAGCUUGAGGGCUCUGACUUUGUCUCCUGAAAGCCUAUUUCAACUUCGCCCAUUUGAAUUGAAUUCUUCCUUGCUUCCUUUUUUUAAAUUUCCUAUUCUGUCCUUUGCCCUUCCAAAGCUAACCAGAGUAGGAGAUUCUUACUGACUUUUUUCUUUUUGCUUUCCUUUUUUCCUAUUGCAUGAGAAAGCCUGGAGGGAGUUUGCCUGUUAUCUCUGAGGAAAAGUAGCAUGACUCAGAUUUUGAAGCUUUUUAAAAUCAUUUACUGAGAGCACGUGUGGUGGCAGAAAGCUGUGUCCCUGAAACCGGUCAGCAACAAGCCGUUUUACUAUUGGUGAGAUGGAGAGGGGGAGGAGGAAAGAAGGGGCCCAAUGGUAGUAAGUGGAAGACGACCAGAGGCAUUAAAUGUUUUCUAAGGAACACUCUGCUGUCAUACUGGGCCACCUUUCCAAUAUAAAGAGCUGCUUUCAUUAAUAUAAAAUUUGAAGCACCAGGAACUUUCAUUCCUUUUUAUUGGGUUCUCGUUAAAUUAUAUUAAGUCGGAGGACCAGAAGUCACAAGGAGUGGGUUGGAGGGAAAGGUGUCACAUGAUGUGUAAGCUUUUCAACUAGCCUUUUACUUUAAUCCCAAAUGCCAUAUUUACAUACUGUGAAAAAUUCAAGCAAUAUAAAAAUAGACUGAAAUCUUCCUCAAAUCUCAUCCUUCGCGGAUAA